GGAAGAAACGGCCAUCACGUCAAGAACACGACGUCCUUCGGCAACCCAAGUCGCCAACAAAAUUACAGACAGUCGCAUAUAUACCACCCACUCGGUACCACCACGCCGUCCAUCAGCUUCCUUAACUGGAUGCUCCACCGAGGCACCUCGAACAAUUUAGUGCAUCAUCGGAGCGAGGAUGCGAGUACACAACAUGCAAGCAAACAGGCCGCUGCAGAGCCGCCUACUGCUGUGCUCAUGACCAGUGUGUCGCCCACGGCAAGUGCGGCGCCGGCGACCGCUGUGCUGCCCAAGAAUGCUGUGCCACCCACGGCCACUGUGUUGCCCAAUGCCGCGGAUGGUGUGCUGCCCGCUUUCAUUGGCAAUGAGACACUACGCUUUUCGACGGUGAACCGGGGGUGCCCCCAAUUGGGCGGUUUGGACGUCCCCCACGAGAAGCACUGUCGGCUGCAGCACAAGCCGUGCGCCCCCCAUAUGAGGCACAUCCACCAGUACAACUCAUUCUAUUGGAAGUACGUGUAUGAAAACGACCAAGGGGGCGAGGGCAAUUGUCAGUGGGAUGCUCAAUACGGAUAUGGGCGUAAAAUUGUUGUGACAUAUGCCGAGGGGAGCUCAAGAUGGCAACUGGCUCAAAGACUAAAGGAGUCCUGCGGGAAUUUUGGAAUUGACACAUUCAUCAUUCACAACCGGCAGACCACGAAGGAGGCCGGCAUCGCCUUUCUGGAAGAUUGGAUGGACAAGUUUCCAACUGGCAUUGGGAACUGGGUCUGGAAACCCUUUUUGCUGAGGUUUGAGCUGGACAGGGCGGGUCCAAACGACGUCCUGUUCUGGGUCGACAGUGACUCUGUCUUCAUCCAAGAUCCUACGAACUACUUUUGUGCUGCCAAGGCCCGCAGCGUCAUCAUCUUUGAAAACGGCAUCAUGGAUGUGGAAACCACUAAGCGAGACACCAUGAUUUCGCUGGGGGGGGACACCCUAGACUUCGCCUACACAAACACUGCGGUGGCAGGGUACAUGUUGGUGAGUAAUGAUCAUUUCGGGCGGCAGUUUCUGGACAUCUGGAGCUCUGCGGCAGUGCCGACGGCGUGGGUCAGAACGCAGGCGCCAUCAACUCUUGGGACAGAUUACUUUGAAUUCAGCGGCAACCCAAUACCGUACAAUCAUCAAAGUGACCAGUCUGUGGUUUCGAUCGUUGCCAAGCUGAUGGGGCUCAAGACGUAUGCUUCACCAACCCCCGACACGUGGGGCUUGCUGCCAGAAGUUGUGCUCCGCAACAGGAAACAGGCCGGGCUGCCGAUGCACGACGUCAUUCGUCAUAAUCACGGAUGCGACUUUGGGCUGCCAUUCUGGAACUCUGAGCUGAACAGCACAUGCUCAUAUGACCAGUGGCUUCAGGCCAAAGGAAUUUAA